AUGGCUACCCUCAAGGACAAGCUGAUGAGCAUCGUGGCCCCGGGACCCACCGUCCCCAACAACAAGAUCACGAUCGUGGGGGUGGGACAGGUCGGCAUGGCCUGCGCUAUCAGCGUCCUUGGAAAGGGUCUUUGUGAUGAGCUUGCCCUCGUUGACGUUCUUGAAGACAAACUGAAAGGAGAAAUGAUGGACCUACAACAUGGGAGCUUGUUCCUUCACGCUCACAAGAUUGUGGCAGACAAAGACUAUGCUGUGACAGCCAACUCUAAGAUUGUGGUAGUAACUGCAGGAGUCCGUCAGCAAGAGGGAGAGACUCGUCUCAACCUGGUUCAGAGGAAUGUGAAUGUCUUCAAAUUCAUCAUCCCUCAGGUCAUGAAAUACAGCCCCAACUGCACCAUCCUGGUGGUUUCCAACCCAGGUAAGGUCAUCUUUUCCUAG